AUGGUGGUAGAGGUAUUGCUAAUUAAGCAGGAUAUACAAGUGGACUCUGAGGACAAUGUGGGUCGUACACCUCUGCUCGUUGCAGCUGAGAAUGGUCGUGAGACUAUCACAAAACUCCUCCUUAUGAAAGGUGGUAUCAAUCCCAACAUUCGGAGCAAGGAGGGUCUGAGUCCGUUGAUAUUUGCUGCGCGCUAUUGUCAGAUAGCAAUAGUUGAACUGCUACUGAGCAUCGAAAGUAUUAGUAUAAACCUUAGUGACAACAAAGGCCGAACACCUCUUUCAUGGGCUGCAGGAAAUGGACAUGAGGCAGUUGUUCAGUUACUCAUUAGAAAAGAUGACAUCGACCUGAAUUCAAAGGACAAAGAUGGCCGAACACCUCUUUCAUUAGCUGCAAACAAAGGACACGAGGCAGUUGUCCAGUUGCUCCUUGCAAAAGGGGAUAUCGAGCUGAACUCAAAGGAUGAAGAUGGCCGAACACCUCUUUCGCUGGCUGCUAAAAACGGAUACAAAGCAGUUGUUCAGUUACUCAUUAGAAAAGAUGACAUCGACCUGAAUUCAAAGGACAAAGAUGGCCGAACACCUCUUUCAUUAGCUGCAAACAAAGGACAUGAGGUAGUUGUCCAGUUGUUCCUUGCAAAAGGGGAUACCGAUCUGAACUCAAAGGAUGAAGAUGGCCGAACGCCUCUUUCGUUGGCUGCUAAAAACGGAUACGAGGCAGUUGUUCAGUUGCUCCUUGCAAAAGGGGAUAUCGAGCUGAACUCAAAGGAUGAAGAUGGCCGAACACCUCUUUCGCUGGCUGCUAAAAACGGAUACAAAGCAGUUGUUCAGUUACUCAUUAGAAAAGAUGACAUCGACCUGAAUUCAAAGGAUAAAGAUGGCCGGACACCUCUUUCAUGGGCUGCAGGAAAUGGAUAUGAGGCAGUUGUCCGGUUACUUCUUACAAGAUAUGAUAUCGAGCCGGACUCAAAGGAUGACUAUGGCCGAACACCUCUUUCUUGGGCUGCAGGAAAUAGACACGAGGCAGUUGUCCAGUUGCUCCUUGCAAAAGGGGAUAUCGACCUGAACUCAAAAGAUGAAGAUGGCCGGACACCUCUUUCAUGGGCUGCAGGAAAAGGAUAUGAGGCAGUUGUUCAGUUACUCAUUAGAAAAGAUGACAUCGACCUGAAUUCAAAGGAUAAAGAUGGUCGAACGCCUCUUUUAUGGGCUGCAGUGAAUGGACACAAGGCAGUUGUCCGGUUACUUCUUACAAGAUAUGAUAUCGAGCCGGACUCAAAGGAUGACAGUGGCCGAACACCUCUUUCAUGGGCUGUAGGAAAUGGACACAAGGCAGUCGUCGAAUUACUUCUUGACAGGAACGAUAUCGAGCUGAAUUCAAAGGACAGUAAUGGUCAGACGGCGCUGUCAUGGGCGAUGAAGAAUGGACAGAAUGCGAUGUUUAAAUUGCUCCUUGCGACAGAAGAUUCCCGGCCAGACCUACCAUAUAGUCAUGCAGCUGCGUCUGAAAUAAAACUCGAAAGUGAUUACUUGGAUCUGGAUUCUUCGAAAGACAGAUGCCAAACACAAUCAUUAGAGGCUGCAGAGAACGAUUUAGACACUACAUCCCAACAACUUUCUGCCGGACCCCAUAUUCACGACGAUUCAAACGGUUUUGUGAGGAGAUGGCUCAUUCAUAUAUUCGAAAGCUGUGCCACUCCUCCUUUGAGAAAAUUUUCGGUCUUUAUUAACGGAUUCUCCUCUCGUAUAACUUUUUACAGAUAUCCAGGGUCGCGCCCAGGUGCUAUAUAUACUCCCUCAAGGACUGCAUGGUACUUGGCCCAAGCCCAGAACUGCGUAGACGAACUGUGGUCUGCAAUCAUGGAGAAAGAAGCGCCAAGAGACUCGACACGUUUCAAAUGGACAUGUUGUUGUGGGAGAACUUUCACUGAAACCGUGCGGGAGUUGAAGCCAGGAGCCGCUAGGGAGUGGGUACAGGCUAUGAACAAUGCACAACUUGGUCAACCGGAAACCUCCACCCCUGCUAGGCCUCAGAGCGUAGACAUUACGUCUCUACGUGCACGCUUUUCAUCUGGCUCAUCAUGCAAGGGCCAAAUGUCUCGGGAUCUGCGGGACGAUAAUGAACCGUCUGAUAUUUACGCGCUUCUAUGCUUCAAAGUCGGCAAACACACAAUCCGUUUAGUACAAAGCGAUAUGUCACAUACCUACAAUGACGAAGACUUAUUUAGACAGCUACGCCACGAAUACCAGGGAACAUCUGGGUCCUUGAUUGAGUCUGUAUGGAGUCCAAAACGGUGGCCGCUGCGUUUGAUAUAUUGGCUGCGACUAACUUCCCUAAAGCACAUUGAAUUCAGGAAGGUGCGUACUGAUUUUCAGUAGGAUAGCUAAAAGCUCACUUUUUCAGUUCCAACUGUUCCAUAGCGACAAAGUCGACAUCAGAGACGACGAUAAAGAAGAAUGGCUUAUGUGUAGAUCGCCGACUGGAUGCCAUGAUAGCUGCCCAGGGCCUCACGGAAAUGGUGAAUACUGGUUUGAUCCAGCUCCCCCAAAAUUAGAACCUCCAAUACCUCGAAACGCCAUGAUGCAUUUCCUAAAAAGGCCCAAAGAUGCUGGAACAGUAUCAAACCACAUUGAAGCAAUUCAAAGGAAACGAGGCCGUCUCAUAUCCGGGCCUGGAUCUGCUGUGAAAGGCUGGGGUUUAUAUUUCAAAGAAGAAAAAAAUCAGUUCAUGAUCAUGGCAAUCCCUGGAUUACUCGGUACUUUUGCCCUAUUGUGGUUUCUCAGUCACGAAAACGAUCUCCUGACUGCUUCCCCACCUGCCACGCUCGCAAUUGGAUUAUCGGCAACAGUCUUGACUAUCAUGAAAGAAAUAGCUGAAUGGAUUAUGGUAUAAGAUUGAAAGCAGGUUCGGCAACCUGAACGUCAUAUAACGAAAUCGAUAUUUUCCCAUUUUCGUGACACAAACUACUACCUUUUGUUCCUGCGAUACCGAAUCAAUCACAAACACAGUGACUAAUUCUUCUGUCCACACCUUUAACCCCUGCCGCUUUUUGUCUGGAAGAAAUGACUAUUAAUAGACUGUAGGUAGUAGUACCAGUUC